AUGCGCUUCUUCACCGUUCUUGCCACACUCUGCGCUGCCGUCUCUGCGGCUCCAGCCACCGCAGAGGCACAGGCCAAACAAAUCACCGAGCUGUGGCGGGCAUACAGCGCCGGAGCCAAAGACCACUUCUACACCACCGACUACAACGAAUACAACAACGCCGUCACCAACCUCGGCUACUCUGCCGAAGGCGUCGCCGCCCGCAUCUACUCGCGACUGGUCGGAGACAGCGUCCCUCUCUACCGGACCUGGUCCCCGGGCGCGUCGGACCACUUCUACACCACCUCGGCCGCGGAGCGCGACAACGCCGUGCAGCACCUCGGAUACCAGGACGAGGGCAUCACGGGCUGGGUGUUCAAGGCGGGCAACAGAGACGACACGGUCCCGUUUUACCGUGCCUACAGCGGCGGCCAGCGGGACCACUUCUACACGACCAGCUCGCCCGAGAUGGAGAAUGCGGUCCGCAGGUUGGGAUACACGUACGAAGGCGUCGCUGCGUACGUUUUCGAGGCAUGA